AAUUGCAUUCCUCUCUUUCAACGUCAUUCUCAACCCUUCUUCAUCAUUCUCUCUCUCAUGGCUGAGUAUGAGUCAGUUCCAUUUGCUGUUGUUUCAAAUCUCAUUCACAGGUUAGCUUCCCCAGAUUUUCUUGAAUUUGAACAGGAGUAUGCUGUGAUGAAAGAUUUGGAAGCGCUUAAGAAGACAAUUGGAUCUAUCAAUGAUGUGCUUCUUGAUGCUGAUUACAAACAAGAAAAAGAGGUUCGUGUGCGUAAUUGGAUAUCUGACUUCAAAGAAGUAUUUCAUGCUGCAGAUGACUUCUUAGAUGACCUUGCUUUCCAACUUAAGAGAGACAAAUUGGAUGCAGCAGAAGGAAAAGAAGUAAACAAGGUGCUUCGUUCCAUUUCAUCUUCAAAUCAAAUUCCUUUAUACAAUGAAAUGCCUCGCAAAAUUGAAGAAAUACGAGAAAGUUUUAAGGGUGUAGUAAAAGACAUGGAUAAAUUGAAAUUAAGCCCAAGGCUGUUUAAGCAAGACAGUGAAUGGAGGGAAACAUGUUCUUUUGUGUUAGAAUCUGAUAUCAUUGGAAGAGAUGAUAGCAAAAAGGAGAUUAUUAGUCUGUUGAGACAACCACGUGAAAAGCAGAAAGUUUCUGUGAUUGCUAUUGUUGGCAUUGGUGGCUUAGGGAAGACAGCUCUUGCACAAUUGGUGUAUAAUGACUUGGAAGUGCAGAAUGUUUUUGAAAAGAAAAUGUGGGUGUGUGUCUCUGAUAACUUUGAGGUGAAAACUAUUCUGAAGAAAAUACUACAAUCAGUUACUCGUUGCCAAACAGCAGACUGGUCAUCAUUAGACUACUUGCAAGAAGAGCUUCAAAAAAAUUUAAGUGGUAAGAAAUAUUUGUUGGUCCUGGAUGACGUUUGGAAUGAGAGUUAUGACAAAUGGGAUAAAUUGAGAAAGUACUUGAUGUGUGGUGCUCAAGAUAGCAUGAUUUUAAUGACCACUCGAAGUCAAAAUGUAGCAAAGGCAAUGACUGCCAGCACUUCCUAUCUUUUGGAAGGUUUGACCGAUGAAGAAUCUUGGAAUUUGUUGAGGAACAUUGCAUUUGAGGAUGAGUACAAAAGAGUGAAUCAAAAUCUAGAAUCAAUGGGGAAAGAAAUAGCAAAAAAAUGUAAAGGUGUUCCACUAGCAGUUAAAACGCUGGGAGGCAUGUUACGAGGACAAACGGAAGAAAGUGAAUGGGAAGAUGUUUCACGUGGUGACUUCUGGAACUUAUGUAAAGAGUAAGACAGUAUUAUGCCAAUUCUAAAACUCAGUUACCACAACUUGUCGACAGAAAUGAGACAAUGUUUUGCUUACUGCUCUUUAUAUCCUAAGGAUUCAAGAAUUUCAAAGAAUGAGUUGAUUCAGUUAUGGAUGGCACAGGGUUACAUUAAAUGUUCAACUAAAAAACAGCACAUGGAGGAUGUCGGUGACCAAUUUGUAAAGAUUUUGUUGAUGAAUUCAUUUUUUCAAGAUGCAGAGAUUGAUGAAUAUGGUGAGAUCAAAAGAUUCAAAAUGCAUGAUUUAAUGCAUGAUCUUGCAGCGAUGGUUGCUGGCAAUGAUUAUUUUUACUUGGACAGUGAAGCAACAGAAGUUAAGGGUAGACCUAUGCACGUGUCAUUGGAAUCCAAUGCCAUUCAUUUGUUGGAAUCAUUAGACCCGAGCAGGCUGCGAACUUUGAUUUUGCCGUAUAACUUUGUAAAGGAGAAAUAUUUGUCAGUUGCAAAGUUCAAAUACUUACGCGUCUUGAAGAUGGGUGGAUUUUGCUUUUUCAAUUUCUCUGAAAAUUUGAAGCAUUUAAGAUACCUUGAAGCAUUUGAACAACCACCAAGUCUUCCCAAAUAUAUGAGCAAUCUUGUUUUCCUGCAAACAUUAAAAUUGAAGAACUGCGAUGAAGAAUCAUUUUCCGAAGUGGUCACAAAAUUAGUGAAUUUGAGAUGGCUUGAGGUUUUUGAUUACGAGUCCUUGAGUGGGAUGGCAGUUGGGUGGGGAAAAUUAUUAUCUUUGUUGCAAUUCUUACCCAUCUUUGUCGUGAGAGAUAGCCAAAAAACAAGAUGUGGCACACUAAAUGAAUUGAAGGACUUAAACCUAAGAGGCAACUUAGAAAUUAAGCAUCUCGAUCGUGUUAGAGACGUGGCUCUGGAAUCACGUGAUGUAAAUUUAAAAGAAAAAAAGUUUCUUCAGUCCUUGACUCUACAUUGGAGUCGUGAUCACUUCCCUAGCCGUGAAGCCAACCGUAACCAUGAAAGAUUCCAAUUAUUAGAAAACCUUCAGCCCCACCGUAAUCUUAAGCGAUUGACGGGGGAGUGGUAUCCAGGCCAGCAUUUCCCAAACUGGCUUUCUCUCCUCACAAAUGUUGUUCACAUCACUCUCCUUGAGUUUCAAAAUUGUCCCUGUCUCCCACCGUUGGAACGUCUCCCGUCACUGAAGUCACUUGAGAUAGAAAGUCUUGAAGAAUUGGAAUACAUAGAUCUUGAUGAAGACGAUUCUGCUGUAACCUUCUUCCCCUCUUUGGAGAGCCUCAAAUUAGAGUUUUGCUCUAAUCUUAGGGGAUGGCGGAGGCGGGGAGAUGAUAUCAAUGAGAAUUCACAUAAUCUCUCCUUACCUCUUUCAUUUCCUCGUCUUUCUCAACUACAUGUCUCUUUCUGUCCAAAGUUGACUUCCAUGCCAACUUUUCCAAAAGUUAAGGAUUUAGAGUGGCGUAGAUCGAGUGCAGAGCUAUUGAUAGCAACCCUAAACUCAACAGUGUUAACAUGUUCAGCUGACUCAUCUUCCUCCGCUGCUCCUCUUUCCAUGCUCAAACAAUUGACGAUUUCUGGUCCUACGGAUUUUCCGAAGGGUUGGAUUCAAAAUCUGACUUCUCUCGAGUCUCUUGAAAUUAUAUGGUCUGAAAAUGAAACACUGGAGGAAUUUGAGACUUGGUUUAAGGACGACACCAACUGCCUUCCUUCUCUGCGACAAAUCAGGAUAUAUUUCUGUCAAAACCUAAAGGCUUCGCCAGAUUGGAUUUGCAACCUCGAUUCAAAAUCUGACUUGAUUCAAAAUCUGACUUCUCUCGUCGCUUCAGCGUAUCAAAAUUCAAAAUCGAAUAUUGCCGAAAGAUCUUUGAGUCGUCUUACCAACUGCAUUGCUGCCCGAAGGAAUGAGUCGUCUUACCAACUUAAAGAUCUUUGAGGUUAUGAGUUGCCGCCUCUUACUUAAAGAAUGCCGAAGAGAGAAAAGUGCUGUUAGUCGCCAAAUCUCACACAUCCCACAAAUUAUCCUUCUUGAUUCCAUCAAAAAGAGAUAGUUAGAGAUAAAGAGUAGACAUAUUUGAGUUUACGAGCAUUAUGUUGGCCAGCAUAAUGGUGCAACUUCUUUCUGGAAAAAGUCAUAAGAACUUAAUUUCUUCCUUAGUGUUUGUGCAAUGCCAAGUUGGAUCCUCAUAUUUUAAAAAUGCCAUGAGUUUAUAGUUUUUUAGAUAGUAGAUAGAAAAUAUUUGUGAGUAUAGUAGUUAAUUAAUUUCUUUUGCACAGUAAUAACAUAUUUCUUUAAUUGGUAACUUUUUUAAUCCAUAUGUUCAAUAUGUAUGCCAUGUUCUAUAACAUGUACUUAGUUGUUAAAAAGGUAUUGAUGUUCUUAAUCUUACUUGUACCUAACUUUUGAGAGGACAUUAAUGUUCUUAGUCGUAUUGAUCACUGUGUAUUUUACAUUAAAUUUGAUCUACAAGUGCAAUUUUCCAGUC